GUUAUUUACUCAGCCGAAAUUUUUGAAUGAGACCAAGGUCUGUGCUUGAGAGCGCAUUUGACGUAGGGCACAAAGAACUGCGUGUUUUAUUAAGGAAAAAAAAUUUAGUUUUAAGCUUCAAUUAUGACACAAGCUGAAAAGGAGCAGGACAACGGGAAAGAAAAAGAUAAGGAACGAGAGAAGGAGAAAGAGAAGGAGCAACAGCGUGGUGUAAAACGACCCAUCGCUCCUCCAGUCAUCCCAGAGCCCUUACAUGAGCAAAUACAGAGCAAUUUUGUAGUUGUUAUCCACCCUGGAUCAAGGACACUGCGCAUAGGACGAGGAACAGACACUCUUCCAGUGACGGUUCCACACGUCAUAGCACGCAGACACAAGCAAAGUGGACAGCCCAGAUGUGAAGAUGCCUGGCUGUUGAGGGAAGGUCUAAAUAAACCAGAGAGUAAUGAGCAAAGGCAGCAUGGUCUGAAAAUGGUUGACCAAGCCAUCUGGUCCAAGAAGAUGUCGAAUGGGGUGCGGAGGACACCGGCGUCAGCUGAACAGGCAAGAGCUUAUAAUUGUCAGAUCCGUCCAGCAGUUCUAGACAACAGCACCAGAGUGAGGUGGACAAACACAGCCCACCAGCCUCCUCAUCUGGUGGGAGAAGAGGCUAUCUAUGUGAAUCCAGCUGACUGCUACAACAUCCACUGGCCCAUUGUGAGAGGUCAGCUCAAUGUACAUGCAGGUCCUGGAGGCUCACUGACUGCUGUUUUGGCUGACCUUGAAACAAUCUGGAGUCACAUCAUUCAAAAGCAAUUGGAUAUUCCCAUUAAAGAUUUGAAGUAUUACAGAUGCAUCUUGUUGGUCCCAGACAUCUGUAACAGGCAGCACAUCAAAGAAAUUGUCAACAUGCUGCUGCUUAAUAUGGGCUUUUCAGCAAUCAUAGUGCACCAGGAGUCAGUGUGUGCGACUUUUGGCAGUGGAUUGAGCAGUGCUUGUGUCGUGGAUGUAGGAGACCAGAAGACAAGUAUAUGCUGUGUAGAGGAUGGGGUUUCCCAUCGCAAUUCCAGACUGUGUUUAGCAUAUGGCGGCUCGGAUGUUACCCGUACGUUCUACUGGCUUCUACAAAGAGCAGGUUUUCCUUACAGAGACUGUCAGCUGUCCAGCAGACUGGACUGUCAGCUCCUGCAACACCUGAAGGAGACCAUGUGCCAUCUAGACCAAGACAUAUCAGGACUACAAGACCAUGAAUUCCAAACACGCUUCCCAGAAGCACCAGCUCUUCUCUACCAGGUUCGGCUAGGGGAUGAGAAAUUAGAGGCACCCAUGGGUCUCUUCUACCCUACUACAUUUGGCAUUGUUGGCCAGAAGAUGACAUCAGUUCAGUAUCGCUCACAAGGUGACUCAGAGGAUCCCUAUGAUGAACAUUACCUGCUUGCUACACAGAGCAAACAGGACCAGUCGUCUAAAUCUGCUACAGACCGGAAGGCAAUUUCUAGACCAGGUGGAGGUUUGGAUGGUGACAUGAGCAGUCAGGUGGGGAUUGGGGAGCUUUCUGACCUUCCCAGGGGCUGUGGGACCGGCAGCAGUAGCGGAGGGACAAAAGGGGAACUGGAGCUUGGGACUGCACAAGGGGAGUGCCUUAUGGGGGCAGGCGAUUUGGAAGAGCCCUUAUCUGCUCAUCUCUCCAGGAAGACUGCUCUUAUCAGCCAGUUUGAGAGCAAAGCACUUGGCCUGGAUAAGGCUAUCCUGCAUAGCAUUGACUGCUGUGCAUCAGAUGAAACCAAACGCAAAAUGUACAGCUCUAUCCUGGUGGUGGGAGGAGGGCUUAUGUUUCCUGGUGCCCAGGAAUUUCUGCUUCAUCGCAUCAUCAACAAGAUGCCGCCCUCAUUCAGAAGACUGGUAGAUAAUGUGGAAGUUAUCACACGACCUAAGGACAUGGACCCUCGGCUGAUAUCAUGGAAGGGCGGAGCAGUGUUGGCGUGUUUGGACACCACCCAGGAGAUGUGGAUCCACCAGAGGGAAUGGCAGCGUUUUGGUGUCCGAAUGCUCCGUGAGAGAGCUGCUUUUGUCUGGUGAUACCAUGUGAAGUUUAAUUUAGUGUCUUGGCUGCUUUGGCUGUGUUCCCCAAAAACAUGGUGCACAUGUUACGACUAGACUAAUUCUAGCAGAUGCCACAGUGGAAGGAGGAUUAUGUUUGAGUAAACAUGUAAAGAAAGUUAGGCUUACAGUUAACUUGAGAUGACACAGCUUAGACAGCAGACAAAGCAGGGCUGUUGAACAAUAAACUCAAGUGUUUUCCUUAA